AAUUAAAAACAACAAAAAUAAGAAAAAAAAGGAUGAAAAAGAAAAGCAUUAAAUAAUAAAAAUAUCGAGAGAGAGAGAGAGAGAGAGAGAGAGAGGAUGAAGGGCACUUUACUACUUUUUUAUGUUGCACGCAUCCAUGGCAGAAAACAGAAGGGAUACAGAGCAGUGCAAGGACACGAAAGGGAAAGAGAUUAAGAGAAGAAGUUCAUCAAAGAUUAGCCAGAGAAGACGGAGAAGAGAAAGAGCAAGAGACAACUGAUGAGGCUAAAGAGAUACACAAAAAGUACUACAGCUUACAAUGUAGAAAAGCAGAAGGUGAUGAUGAUGGCGAUGAUGAUGAUGAUGUUUAUGAUGGAGAUGAGCUGUGUCUUGAAGUGGGUUUCUUGACUUGAGCAGGCAUUCGAUCGAUCAGUGCCCGUGGCCUGAGAGCUUGCUCUGGUUUGGCAAACUUGAGCUAGCUCGCGCAUGAAAAAUCUGUUCUGAUUUAGCUCUUCUUCGUCUAGAAUUACUUGAUUUUGUAUUUUGAGCUAAUUAAUACCCUUUGUUCUUUGUUCUUUGUGUUUGAAGUCAUUAGGCGACUAUUCUCUUGGAAUCUGGAGAGGGAGGAAGAGAGAGAGAGAGUGAGGAGAGGUAGAGAGAGAGAGAGAGAGAGAUAGAGAGGAAGAGAGAUUUGUGGGUAUUGUUGAUUUUUGGUUAGAUGAAAGGGAUGCCCUUACCCUCUGAGUUUCAGGGGAAGGGGGUGUUAGAUAUUGCAGGAAUUUCUUCAGAUUUGUUCCCAGUGAAGUGGAACAAGGAAGUUUGCUUUGUGGGCGCUGAGCCUACUUCUGUCCUGGAGACUACAAGAAGCCCCAGCCCUCCUACAUCUUCCUCAACUUCUUUAGGCGGAGGUGGAGGCGGAGGUGGAGGCGGGAGUUGCGUCGGCGGCGGCGUCGGCGGCGGCGGUGGAGGCUCAUCUGGUAUGACCAGCGUGGCGGCGGUUUCCAGAACUCAAUCUCAGAAAUGGCCUCAGACGCAACAGCAACAAGACACCAGCAGCGGCUCAAAUGUAGUUGUUGAGUCAGGCGGCGGUGUUUCCCGGAGAGAAGAAUGGGUUUCGGAGCUGCAGCCAAUUUCCACUGCUGUGGACAUCACCGGCGGAGGCGUCACCGGCGCGCCGGACAAAUGUGGGCUGGGAAUGGAUGAUUGGGUGAGCAUAUUAUCGGAGCCCGCGACGUCGCCGAGUCAAGAGCAGUCCAUUUUCCGGUGGAUCAUGGGCGAUGCCGACGACUCCUCCAUGGGGCUGAACAGGCUGUUGCAAACUGGUGGUUCUACGGACUUCGAGUUCAAUGGAGGCCUGGGGUUGGUAGAUCAAGGCUUCGGGCUCGAACCCGCUGCGAGCAUCGCUUCCGCCGGCGGGAAUUUGAUGAACAAUCCUUCUCUUCCUCUUUCUCUUCCGGGGUUCACAAACGGCACCAACAACAUUCACUCCAACCCCAACAAUGGAAGAAUGGGUUCGGUUCCAAACCCGUCUCUGCUCACAAAUUCCAAGAUCCCCAAUACUCCGAACCCCAUUUUUUCGCCUCUACUGAGCAAUAUGUUGCCCAUUUCGCUGUCGCCGGGAACUUAUCAUCCGCAACAACAGCAACCGGUGGAACCCACGGACGAGAAGCCGCAGAUUUUCAACCCGCAAGUGCUUAUCAACCAGCAUCAGAUUCAGAGUUCCCCAAACCCAGCUUUCUUCUUGCCACUGUCGGCGCCCCAACAAGAGCAGCAGCUUCUCUGGUCUCCGCCGCAGCCGAAGCGGCAGAACUCCGUCGGGAAUGGACCAAACAGUAUGAUCCCGAAGCAGCCGUUCUUGGAUUCCGGGCAAGAGCUACUUGUUCGCCGGCAACAACAACAACAACAUCAACAUCAGCAUCCGCAGCAGCAGCAGCAGCUGCAGGGGUUUCCUCAUCAGCUUCAACUCCUUCCUCACAAUCUUCAACAGCGACCAGCAAUGGCGGCGAAUCCGAAGAUGGCCAGUGAGGAAGAGGCGCACAACCAGCAUCUAAGAAACCAGCUGUAUGAGGCUGCAGAGAUGCUCGAGACAGGGAAUUUUCUACUCGCGCAAGGGAUAUUGGCGCGGCUCAAUCAGCAGCUCUCUCCAGUUGGUAAGGCUUUCGAGAGGGCUGCUCUCUACUUCAAGGAGGCAUUGGAAUUACUGCUACGCAUCAACAACAAUUCCUACUCUCCACACCCAUCUCCAUUUAAUCUCAUUUUUAAGAUCGGAGCUUACAAAUCCUUCUCUGAAAUCUCACCGGUCAUUCAAUUUGCAAAUUUCACCUGCAUCCAAGCCCUUCUUGAAGCCCUUGAAGGCUUUGAUCGAAUUCACAUAAUAGAUUUCGAUAUUGGAUACGGAGGCCAAUGGGCUUCUCUUAUGCAGGAGCUCGCGUUGAGAAAUGGCAGCUCUCCUUCUCUUAAAAUCACAGCUUUUGUAUCCGCGGCCACUCAUGACGAGCUCGAGCUCAGCCUCGCUCGGGAAAACCUCAAUCAUUUUGCCAGUCAAAUUAAUAUGGCUUUCGAGCUUGAAAUCUUAAGCCUGGAUUCCCUGAACUCUGCUUCCUGGUCACUUCCAUUCCUCGUCUCGGAGAAUGAGGCAAUUGCAGUGAACCUCCCGGCCGGUUCCUCGAAUUACUCCCUGUCCCUUCCCCUGGUCCUCCGCUUUGUGAAGCAGCUCUCCCCCAAAAUUGUUGUCUCUCUUGAUAGGGGUUGUGACCGAUCUGAUCUUCCAUUUCCCCAUCACAUCAUCCAUGCCCUUCACGCUCACUGGACACUGCUUGAAUCCCUCGACGCCGUUAACGCAAAUUCGGACACCCUUCACAAGAUUGAAAGGUACUUGGUCCAUCCAGAAAUUGAGAAAACUGUGCUGGGUCGCCAUCGAUCCCGGGAAAAGAUGCCACAUUGGAGGACGCUGUUCUUGUCCUGCGGUUUCUCUCCGUUGACAUUCAGCAAUUUCAAUGAGUCGCAGGCUGAGUAUGUGGUGAAGCGCAGUCCUUUUCGAGGAUUCCAUGUUGAGAAGAGGCAUUCCUCGCUCGUUCUUUACUGGCAGCGGAAGGAGCUCAUCUCCGCCUCGGCCUGGAGAUGCUGACAAUUCAAUGUCCACAGCCAAGGUGCCUCAUAACUUGAAAAAUGCUUUAGUCUAAUCUUUUUUGAACUUUCAUGAAUGUGAUUUGCCAUUGCUAAUGGUCUAUGUUAUUUAGGCAGCUUGUUUCCAAGUAAGAAUCAAACUACUAUUUAGUAACUUGAUGCUUUAGUCCAA